AGGAGUGUUUCUGUGGAGCUGUCAAAAUAGUUAGUGUUGCUGUUUGUUCUCUGUUGGAAGACAAAACAGCGGUGUAUUGUCUGUAAAAAAAUAUAUAAAUAAAUAAAAAUGUAGUUAGUCACUUUACUAAAUCGUUCUCGGCGGUUACACACGUACCUUUUGCAACGCUUAAGCGACUUCUUCCAAGUCCAGACAGCGACUGAGCUCCUCAGCUGGCUUUCCCACAUUUAGGGCAUGGAGCCACACAGUUCAGGACUCACAAAGAAAAGAAGAAGAGAGGAACCAAAUGGAGACACAGAUGAGGAAGAACGAAAUGGAAAAAUUCCACGAAGGACUUCUACCCUGACAGAACCUGCACCCUUUUCUGAUCAGCUGGCAGCUAUGUCCCCACCAUAUACUCGUGUUAGCCUAGAGGAAGCCCGUUGUGGCACACCAGUGGGUCGUGCAGUGCGCGUGUAUGCUGAUGGGAUUUUUGACAUGUUUCAUUCUGGACAUGCCCGAGCUCUGAUGCAGGCUAAAUGUCUUUUUCCAAACACUCAUCUUAUUGUAGGUGUCUGCAGUGAUGCUUUGACGCACAAGCUUAAGGGCUUUACUGUUAUGAACGAGGAUGAGCGUUACGAUGCAGUGAGUCACUGUCGCUAUGUGGACGAGGUGGUCAGGGAUGCCCCAUGGACACUAACACCAGAGUUCCUGGCCAAACAUAGAAUUGACUUUGUUGCCCAUGACGAUAUCCCGUACGUUUCAGCUGAGAGUGAUGAUGUUUACAAGCAUAUAAAGGAGGCUGGCAUGUUUGCACCCACACAAAGGACAGAGGGCAUCUCCACCUCUGACAUCAUCACGCGUAUUGUCCGUGACUACGAUGUUUAUGUGCGACGCAAUCUGCAGAGAGGCUACACUGCCAAGGAGCUUAAUGUCAGCUUCAUCAAUGAAAAGAAGUACCACCUUCAGGAGCAUGUGGAUAAGGUGAAGCAGAAGGUACGGGACGUGGAGGAGAAGAGUAAAGAGUUUGUGCAGAAGGUGGAGGAGAAGAGCAUUGACCUCAUCCAGAAGUGGGAGGAGAAAUCACGCGAGUUCAUUGGCAACUUCUUGCAGAUGUUUGGGCCGGAUGGGGCACUGAAGCACAUGCUGAAGGAAGGGAAAGGGCGAAUGCUACAAGCCAUCAGCCCCAGACAAAGCCCCAACAGCAGCCCCUCACGAGAAGAGCGCAGCCCUUCUCCUACCUUCCGUCUUCCUUUCUUCACCAAGACCCCCCCAUCCUGGUUGCCUCCUUACUACAGCGAUACACACAGCGUCAGUGAGGAUGAUGAAGACUAGAAGGCCCCAGGAUUGUAUUGUGGUUUUUAACUUCCAGACGACAGAGUCCAAUUGACUGUUGAUUGUGAGUCCUAAACUCUAACAGGGCUUUAAGUUAAUCUGCUGUAGGAGUCUGUCGAGAACUCCUCCACCAGCGCUGCAUUAAUUAAUUACUGUAUGAAGGACCAGGUAGAGCUUCUGGAAAGGAACUAUCCUUAGACUUAAUCAGUAUUUGUUUGCGUCUUUUAUACACAUUUGAUUCGUGCACAAGUUAAGUCUAACAUGAUUCCCUCUGCACACCACCGUGACCCUCAGUGUUACUGUCACAUCACACGUUGGACCAUUUUGGGUUUUUUUUUCUUUUUAGUUCUUUACGGUCCAACAAAUGUAACGAUCCAUGCGCACAUGCACCUGUUAAAACGAACAAGGAACAGUUUAGAAAUAUACAGAGUAAGUCAUGUUUGUUGUGUGAAGUUUGUUUCUUUAGUUUUAUACAAGCGCUACAGGGAUGAUGUAGUGAACAAGUAUGGAAAGCUUAUAUCUAUGACAUCACAUAAGCAAGUCUACAUGAAAUGGCUUGGCAGUGACUGUUUUAGGGAAGUGUAUAAUUUUUGCAUGUAGUUUGUACAAUACUCUUUAUGUACAAACAGUAUCAUUGAGUCUAAUGAUGUGAGUUUGGAUAUGAAGUUUCAGAAAGCAUCCCCUGCUUGUGAGCAACAUUUUAUGCAAAGCUAAAACAAACCGAUGGCUUAGCUGAUCAACUACAUCUCAGUUGAGAGGAAACAUUGUGUAAAUUUCUUUUUUAUUUUCGUCAAAUUGUUCCUCUGAAGCUUAUUACAUUCCUUUCUGUCUCAAUGUAAAUCACUCAAAGGCUACAAAACACUGGAUUUAUUGCCAUAAUGGAAAACUGAACAUAAUCAUUUCACUGUGAGGGCAAAAGCCAUAGCAUGUGUUUUCAAUGUCAAAUGACUAUUUUUAAGUGCCCGAAUUUUAUUAUUCUGUCAUGAUUGCUUAAUACUCAGUGUUUUUAAUUUCUAAUGUCACAAUAAAUAUAAGUCUUAUUCCUUUUGAGAUUC